AAGUAUCCGUAGAUUGAUUUCUAGUAUUAAAACGCGGCUUUAUCGAGAACUUCAAAGGGACAAAAUUUUUUAAUCGAUAGAAAAAGUUUUAUAAAUAGCAUUGAACUUAUUGCAUCGAAAUACAUGCGUGGAAAUAUGUCGAAAAGACUCGAAUGUAAGGGGCAUUUUCUGGGAAAACGGAGAUUGCUUUAGAGAAGCGGAGUCAGACUAAAGUUUAUUGAGGAAUUGUAUCUUUUAUUACUUUUUUAGGGGUAUAUGAUACUAAAGUGUUAUAUCCAUUCAUUCGUCCAUUAGUGGAACGUUCUUCUGAUGAUUUCAAACGUUUUGCAUUAGAGGGUAGCCCGCAAAAUGAUUGUUUCGGCCAUUAUGGGAUGUCUGUUAUAUCGAAAUUAUACGACCACGAUCUACCCUCUGCAAUUAUGAUAGACCAUUUACAUACGUCGUUAUUGAGACAGACAAAGACUAUUAUCACACAUUUACGAGAGCUGUUAUCAAUAACUGAACUAGAACGAUUAGAUACACUGUUAAAACAUCAAUCGUUUCCCCAUACUUUUAACCGUAGACUACCAUCAUUUCUAAAUUUAGCCUAUGUGAAAGGAAAACUUGUCUCAUUUUUGUGUCCUUUCGUUUGUGGUGUUCGACUACUUCACGGAUCGCCCGUUGUAGUCGUCGAUCGAUGUAUUCGACAACAACUAUCAUCACAGCUCUUCGACGACUAUCAAAGAAAUGUAUCGCAAUAUUUUAAUAAAAUUAAUACAUUGACCUGUCAUUUACAUGAUCAUUAUCCAAAAAUUUAUGAAGAAUUUGGCAGUUUGUCAUCGACAAGCACCUUUCCCUGGAUCAGGACCGCUAUGCUCGUGUCGAUGCGAGAUUUGCCGGCUGCUGAUAUUCUCAUUGAUGUUAAUAAAGGCUUUGCUCUUCGACGCAUCGGUAAAUAUUCGUCAGAAGUCGUAGAAGAGAUUGUCCAUACAUUCGUACCCCUUGACGAUUACUGCGUUGCAUCACCAAAAACAGAUGUUUGUUUGUAUACUUCGCUGUCGACAAAGACGAAUGUGUUGGAACUAGCUACUAUGAUGGCACCUCGUCGUACAGUUCACACACUGUCUGCAUACGAUAGCAACAGCGUUUCCAGAUUGAUUGGCAAAGAUAUAAGUCGAGUUCUCGGACAUUAUCAUCCUGAUCAAAUUAUUAAGGAGACUAAAUCUAUCGUUCAUUUUGUCGAUAAUGAAUUUCAUUCUCAAAAGAAUGGCGGAAGAACUUUAAUUACAUCCUCUUCCUCCACUGCUGUUGACGAUCAACAUGAAAUUCCACGUUUUUCUCAAACAACCGCAGCCAUCAUCCUUAAACAGAUAAGUAGCAAUAAAAUAGCUUUUGAAUAUUUGUCUCACACUGAUAUGAAGUUGUUUCUAGCAGCAAUUUUUGCAACUGUUGACGAUUCUUAUACAAUCUCCGACAUUCAAGAAUCACUCACAACUUUUACCCAACUCGUUGUGGCUCAAACUGUUUUUGCUCUACGCCACUGCUCAUCAAGUAUGCAAGAAUCGCCACCAUAUCAACCGUGCCUCGCCGUCUCGACAUUAUUUCUACGUCUUCCAUUCGAUGUACAUGUACUCAAACCUUCCAAGGGUAAUCGGUCUGAACAUGAUCGAUCAGACAUUGAUAAUGUGGAAUGA